UUCCCGGUCCGGCCGCCGCCGCCGCCGCUGCCCCGCGCCGGGCCCGGGGCUCCCCCUAGCGCUGCUGAGGAGCUGCCGCCGCGGCUCGAGGAGGGCGGAGGAACGGGGCUGAGAGAGAGCGCCUGGAGGCUCGCGGGGAGGGGGAAAGCGCGCCCGCAGUCCCCGACUACCAUAAAUUACACAGUCGAGUUUCCCCUAUUUGAGGAAAUCGCAGAGGUCAACACACCGGAGUGCAAUGGGUGAGCCUCGCCCUGGGAGAACCACCUUCUUGAUAAUGGUAUCUCCUCUGCCAGGAGGAUGUUGCCCGGCUUCACGUCCCGGUGCACCACGCCCCGCCGAUGGCAGUGCCGCAGGGCUGAGACCAGCUGGCGGAACACGCCUCGGGCCUCCCCCUCGGUCAGGCAGCCUUGGGCGUCCAGGAUGGACCAAAACAGAGGAAGACGUCGUCUAUCCUGGUGCUAACACAUCUGUGCAUAGUUACACAUACACACACUCACCUACACAGUGAGCGAAACCUCCACAAAAGAGAUACAUGUAUCAUAUUUCACUUUAUGGAUAAUAUUUAAAUGAAAUAUAAUUAUGGAAUAAUGAUCAGGAAA